ACCGAUUGUUGCGAAAAAUUUUCACUGUUGCAGAAGAAAAGGGUUCGGAAAUCUUCUUCCCUCGUCCGACGCUGCUUCACUAUCGUCUCUGCCAAACCCGACGGCCGAGACAGGACGGACGUUCACAACUGCAGUGGCACUACACGCUGUUGUUCGUCAAUCAUCGCUUCUUGGGGGAAUAGAACGGCGCUACCCCUCCACCAAACCCGCCCAUUCCCCGCUUAUCUCGUCCCGCCGUCCAUCCGCCGAUACAGGCGCCAAAACACAGCCAACUGAGACUGAGGACUCGGAAACUAACUGCUGCGAGAGUCUGAGCGAUAGACUACAAGAAGAACCCCUGCCAACCUCGUCGCAUCGUUGGCUUAUUGUUUUCUUCUCUCGAUCUUCCCCUUCCUCAGAUCCCUUUCUCUCAGUCGUACAAACAAACGCCAAGAGAAAGACUUCAAAAUGCAUCACAGCCGCAGAAAGUCGGGCAACACCUCCAUGACGGAGAAGACUGUCACAGCUACCGAUCCCUCCCGCUACGGCAAGCGUCCUUCGACUCUCACCAGACGCCAAACUCCCCAGAAGUUGGGCAAGAACCCCAGAGACCGGGAUCGGGAACGGGAACAGCAAGAUUCGUGGGACGAUGAGCGGGAGAGUUUCCCUCAGUUCUGCAUGACUUGUGAAAAGCAAUUCGUACCUCAAGACGACAGGUUCCUGUACUGCUCAGAAUCAUGCCGCAAGCAUGAUCAGCAAACUGCAUCAACUGGCAGGACUAUGAGCCAACCGCACAUGGGCAAUUAUCCUUUCUACGCCGCAUGCAACCCCGAGCCCAGAGACAUUGUUCCUCGCGCGUCCCCCUCAAGGCCGAACUCGAUGCACUUCUCGCCGCCCACGACACCAGGUGCCACCUCCGGCGCACAAUACUCGUCCGCCAUCUCCGCGUUGAGGUCACUCAGCAUCCGACCCCCAAGCCCGCCGUCCCCCACGUCGUCGCACGCCAGCAUCUGGCCCUUCACCAAGAGCAGCACCAACAGCCCCAGCACUUCGUACAACCGUGGCAGCAACAGCUUUUUCCCGGCCACGUACGACGGAGGCUAUGCAGCGAAUGGGUACGCCUACAACUACAGCUCCAGCGGUAUGGACCGGCCGCUACCGACACGGAGACCCACUGGGCCGGGCUACUCAAGACCGAAAAGCAUCGAGUUAGUGACGCCCAUGGUCGGUCGCUAACACCGUCAGACGGGGGCCGUGUCGGGAGGCUGCAUCACCAUUCAACUGGUUCGGCCAACCAUUACACAACCGCACGGGGAGGACUGACACCUCGUCACCCCACGGGAAUGACGGUGUGCG